UUUUGAGACUUGUAUGGUGUUGCUAUGCAAUAUUUAAUGUGGCAGACCAGGGAAGAGGGUUGUACAAUGGAAAGCAUUGCUGACUGACUUCCAAAUUUUGUUGGCUGGUGUUCUGUGCUUUUUGAAAAUUGUGUUGUGGAAUGAGUUGAGAACAUCAAGUUCUGCAACUAAGAACUUUAUACCUCCUCUAGCUUUCCUGCUCCUGUGGUGGGAGCAAGAUGUUGUUGGUUGGUUUGCAACCAAUGCUCUAUGCCAAGUAUUCUGUUAUUAUUUAUUGUUAUUAUUUGACACAUGCUUUAGUUUGCUUGCAGUAUGCGCUAUCCGUAGAUAAUCACUUGGUCUUUCUGGCUAAGGGCAGGGUGCUGCCAAACAGCCUCAGCUCAUACAAAGUGAGUAUGACAAACUCUGAGGACAUCUUACCACAGCUCAUAGUUUAGUGGUUGGGAUUCACAAAAACAGUGCUGAAACUUCAUUGCAAAAUGGGCAGUAACUAUGAAAUACAGAAUUUUCCCACUGUUUAGCCUGCAAGGCUUGGAAUAAUAGUAAACCAAAUAAAACUAGAGCAAAAAGCUCCAAACCUUGACAAACUUCUAAACACCUAAAUACUGCCCAAAAAUACCAGUCUUCUUUAUUGGAUCUUAUGGCUGGGAGACUAACAUUUUUUCUGCAGUGGUGAUUAAUGUUUCUUGAGAAGAUGUGAAUGUCCCAAAUUCAGGAAAUGUGGUUCUGAAUUUCUCUUUGAUAACUGUAGUUAAUAACUGCAUUGUGAGGCUGAGGUCAAGCCAGUAGGAUUACACACAUCAAUAAUCUUGUAAAGAACACUGCUAUGCUUGGGAGCUUUCCGGCCAGUAGAGAUUCUGGGCCUCCUUUACAGACUCUGUAGGGAUGUUGUGUAGAUGCCUGUGAUGUAGAAGACACUUUGAAGGCCCAGGUUUCAAAGGCCCCUUUUAUGUAUCAUCAUCAUUUCCUCCAAGCUUUCAAUUCUCUUGUUGUUGUUUAACCUUUUAAGUGGAAACAGUCUGUUUUCUGUCUUGAUUGUUAUCCAUUAUUUCAAAAGAUACAUCUUAUACUGUUUGCUCAGCUUGACUGCUUAGGAUAGAAGUAAAUGAAGACGACAGUGUAAUCCGAAGUGGGCACUGUAAGCUCUUAGAAACCUGAAAUGCUUCCUAUAAACCAUAAAUCAACCUGAACAUAAAACAAACAGGGAUUUGUAACAUGAUCAGCGUACAAUUUUUCUGUUCUCUCCUAUUGCUGGUAUGGCAAACAAACUGUCUGAGUGGUUUGGAGUUUUGGAAAGGAUUGCUUAACUAUGGCUAAAUGAAAUACUUGACUGAAUGAAACUCUCUGUAGUGUAAAACAAAUGAACACUUCCAUACUUCCUAAAUAUAAGAAUGUUUGCAGUAAAAAGUACUCUUAUCAAAGAAUUGGCAAAUAGUUACAUUGCAUCUGGAUCUGCUACUUUCCAUAUGCUUUGGAGUGCAUCCAGGCUUGAAUUCUGCCAGAAGUGGCUUUCCAGUUCUGUUCCAGGGAAUGAAUGUCUAAUUCUUAUUCAAUGCACGUGACUCAGUGCAGUGCACAAGUGAUGGAUGAAGUUGAUGCUGUAAUAACCUUUUAAGUGUUACAAGUGCUUUCCUUCAUCCUUGAGUUCCCUGACUUGUGUUUCGUGUCUCGAUGGAAGAGUGAAGCAGAAAAGAGAACUUCUAUUUCCUGGUUUUGGACUUUCUACCUUUUUUGAUCAUUUCAGAACUCUCAGUCCUUCUGGCAUCCUGAAUAAACCAUUAACAGUUUUCUAGGAGUUUGUUGUGAUUCCAAAUGAAGCUUCUCUAUAAGCAUCGCUCCCUAAUUUCCAUCUGGGACUAUGUGCUCAAAAAAUCUGCACGACAUGCAUGCAGUAAGUGUGGUGCAUUCAGGCUGUACUGGCACGUAUGUGGCCUAAUCAGCCUUACUGAAUCUGUGUCCUCACUGCAUUACUGCUGCACAUCAGUUCUGGCAUUUCCCAGAUGAGUCCACGUUCAUAGAUUUUUAAGGAGAAAAUGCAAGUUUUUUAGAGAGAAUUUGUGGGAAGAAACAAAAUAAUGAUGAGGCCCUCCUUUUGCUGAACCUCCAUAAUAAGGUAAUUUCCUCUAAACUGAAGAGAGCAGAACCUCAUGGUCUUCUGUGAGCAGCUGCAUGCUCCAAAGGGGGAGUAGUGCUGGAGACCCAUCAGUCAAAAGCUGCAUGCCUGCAUUGGCACAGUGCUGAGCCCGAAAUAAACACGGCUCCUCCAGAACCUCAUGCCAAGUCUAUGAUGUAGUCAGAUGGCGUUUGGGGAAGGUUUUCGGUCCCAAAUACAUUCUCUGUCUUCUUGAGGAGGAGGACAAAUUUGGAUAAACCCAAAUACAGAGUUAUUAUUUCCUGUGCUAUGAAUACAGCCGUUACUCAGCAGUGAUCCUGAGGCUCGCGGAUGGCUGCUGGCCUCAGAUUAUACAAAAUGCUAUGCUUGUAGUGCAAAACUGCUUUAAAUAGCACUUUGGAGUAAAGUUUAGAAUUGUAAAUGUGCAUAGGAGGAAUCAGCAAGAAGCUUUGAGGAAGGAGGGCGGUUUGUAGUCCCAGAAAGCUUUGGGAGUAGUUGUUUUUUUUUUUACAAAUGGAACAGCUUUGCAGAAAAAAGUCAGAUUUAUUUCAAAUAAUCUGUAUUAGACUUUAUCUGCAAUACUGUGUGUUGGUGUGUUGUUGUAUUUCUGCCGUAAGGUAUUAGAGCUAUUAGAAGUAGCUUUUCUUCUUCUGGGCUGUGUCUCUAAAUGAAAUCGCUGUAUUUUUUCUUUCAGGUGGACAGAGGAAAAUCAUUAGCAUUUGCUUGUUGUGAUUCUUGGUUUGUAGGAACCUCAUGUUAUUUGAGGAGAGAAGGAAUAAAGAAAAUUUUAUUAGAAUUUUUCUGUAAUUCUAUUAGUAGAAAAAAUUUGUAGAGAAGGGUCUUGUGACCCUUUGGGCUUUAGGAACAAUGCUGUCAGAAUUGUCUGUAGAAAUGAGGAAGUGAUAAAAUCAGUUUUCUCUGUAGGUGUUCUGCAGCCUAUUAUUAAGGACUGGGUAACUAGAUAGCUAUGAAGUGUUUACUUCUAAAAACAAAAAUUAAUUUUGGAAAAGCAAAUGCUGUCUUUCCUCCUCAGACUUUGCCCCAAGCAUCCCAUCCACAGCUGUGGAACAGUAAUCCCUCAUACAUUUUCAUUCAGUAUCUGUAGAUCGCAUCUGUGUCCUUCUUGUGGUUGCUUGUUCAUAAUCAUCUGCAACUCGUGUUCUUCCGGAAGUUUUAUGAGCUGCUGUCUCACACAGAUGUUGCUCGACUCACUGAAAACUACGCCACGUAAUGGUACGUUUCUCGUACAUGCGGAUGAAGUAUCUCUUCAUCUCUUGGUUAGUGGUGUUUAUUGGCAGCUGGGUUAUGUAUGUCCAGUACUCUACCUACACAGAACUAUGCAGAGGACAUGACUGUAGGAAAAUAAUAUGUGAUAAAUAUAAGACGGGAGUUAUUGAUGGAUCAGCAUGUAGUAGUCUUUGUGCAAAAGAGACAUUGUAUUUUGGAAAAUGUUUGUCAACAAAACCCAAUAACCAGAUGUAUUUAGGAAUUUGGGGAAAUCUGCAGGGGGUUAUAAAAUGCCAGAUGGAAGAAGCUGCUCGACUUGAUUUUGGUACUGAUCCAGAACCAAGGAAAGAAAUAAUCCUCUUUGAUAAACCAACAAGAGGAACUACUGUUGAGAAAUUCAAGGAAAUGGUAUAUAGUUUUUUUAAAGCAAAGUUGGGUGAACAAGGAAAUCUUUCAGAACUGGUUAACAUCAUUCUAUCUUUUGCUGAUGGAAACAAAGAUGGUAGAGUUUCUUUGCCUGAGGCAAAGUCUGCAUGGGCACUUCUGCAGCUAGAUGAGUUUCUGUUAAUGGUGAUGUUGCAGGAUAAGGAGCAUACUCCCAAACUGAUGGGUUUUUGUGGGGAUCUCUAUGUGAUCGAAAGAGUUGAAUAUACCUCUCUUUAUGGAAUCAGCCUUCCAUGGAUGAUAGAACUUCUAAUUCCUUCUGGAUUCAGGAGAAGCAUGGACCAAUGGUUUACUCCAUCGUGGCCAAGGAAGGCAAAAAUAGCUAUUGGACUUCUAGAAUUUGUGGAAGAUAUUUUUCACGGACCUUACGGUAACUUUCUUAUGUGUGAUACAAGUGCCAGAAACUUGGGAUAUAAUGAUAAAUAUGAUUUGAAAAUGAUGGACAUGAGAAAAAUUGUGCCAGAAAUGAAUUUAAAGGAAAUGAUUAAAGAUCGUCCGUGUGAAUCAGACAUGGACUGUGUUUAUGGUACAGACUGUAGAACUCUUUGUGACCAAAGUAAAAUGCGGUGUACCACAGAGGUUAUUCAGCCAAACCUGGCAAAAGUGUGUCAGCUACUUAAAGACUAUCUGCUUCGUGGUGCUCCUUCAGAUAUCCAUGAAGAACUAGAAAAACAACUGUAUUUGUGUAUUGCCCUUAAAGUCUCAGCAAACCAGAUGGAAAUGGAACAUUCUUUAAUACUCAAUAACUUAAAAACAUUACUAUGGAAGAAGAUUUCCCACACAACUGAUUCUUAGCUUCUCCACCAGCACAAGAUACUGUCUGCCACUCGAGGUGGCCUACUAUGUUUGAUAAAAAUGAUCUGCAGCAUUUUGUAAAGACGUGUACUCAGAUUUCAGGAAUGGCUCUUCAACUCUUCCCUUCAGUCAGUUCCUUAUUAUAGGGCUUCUGGAAGGAUGAACUGAGCACCGGGUGAUCUGGCAGAAGCCAAAAGCACUUGCGGUGUUCCAGUGCGCUGUUUGGAAACAAAAACAAUCCUGCAUGCUUGACUGUUCUGUGCACUUUGUUGGAUCUUGAACAGGAUGACAGUGUUCACUGUGCCAUCACAUCAAGUAAUGCAACAUCUUAAAAUUCUGUGAAAAUUGUUGCUCACUUGUGAAAUACCUGCAAAAGAUUUUUAUCCCCCGUAGUUUUAUGAGGAACCACCACUACUGCAAAUAUGGUGGCUGAGUCCAAGUUGCUGUUAUGAAUAAAAUGAACUGAGAUUGAAGUUUACUAAUACCUUGGCAUGGCAGAAUUUGCACAUUGAUAGAUAAUUUUUAAACUGUGGAAAAUUAAAGUUUUAUUCUGGAAAUGA